CACAAGAGAUUUUUUGCGAGUGAAAGAAACGAGACGGCGUUGCAUGUGAGGGUUAGAAUGGAAAAUAGCCUGAACUGCGCCUCCUCUGGCACUUCCUGUAGACAAGCGUGGACUACUUUGAUCGGAGAAGACCACAUGUUGAUGCCGAUUAAGUAUUGGGAGCAAAUAAACCUCGAUCGUCAAAUCACAGAGGAUAGUAGGAAAAUAGAAAGAAAUAUCCACAUGCAAUAAUUUUCUCGACGACGAGGAGGAGACGAAGCCCUUACUUCUUCAAGGCGGCGUCAUCUUCUCUUCUCUCCUGCCAUCCGGUCUCCUACUCUUGAUUCCUCGGCGAUUGACCCUCUGCUAAUCAUCAGUCGAUCCUUCUCCUCUCUCCGUGUUUCCUGGACUGCUCCUACCCUCCUCGGUCCUGCCAUUUCCGUUUGGCCCCGUCGUCGGUUCUAGUCGAAUCCCCCAUUCUGCCCCGACCCGAGGCGCGCGGCUUCGCGGGACAAGAAGAACACGGCCGCCCGGCAGUUCCCGGUUCCCUAGAUCUGCGUGGCGGCGGCGAGAGGCAGAGUCCGUCAGGAGGGCGGAGGAGGAGGCGGCCAGCCCAGCAAUGGUGCCGUGCCGUGGGAAGGCUACGUGAGCGACGAGACCAUGGGCACCUUCGCGCCCAUCCUGCUCUACUGGGUCUACGCCGGCGGCUACCAGCUCGUCCUGCACCGCCGCCCGCUCCAGCGCUACAGGCUCCACACGCGGGCAGAGGAGGAGGACAAGAACCUCGUCACCCUCCCCGCCGUCGUGCGCGGCGUGCUCCUGCAGCAGCUCGUGCAGGCCAUCGUCGCCAUGAUCCUCUUCAUGAUUACUUCAGAUAGUUCAGUGGUUCUAGUCCAGCCAUCUAUGGUGGUUCAGUCGUUUCAGUUCUUGGUUGCAAUGCUGGUGAUGGACACAUGGCAAUAUUUUGUGCACCGCUACAUGCAUCAGAACAAAUUCCUCUACCGACAUAUCCACUCACAACAUCACCGGCUGAUCGUUCCUUACGCUAUCGGGGCUCUCUACAACCACCCACUGGAGGGGCUCCUACUGGACACUCUAGGUGGUGCUAUGUCCUUCUUGGUCUCUGGUAUGACGCCGAGGACAGCUGUAUUCUUCUUCUGUUUCGCUGUGCUCAAGACGGUCGAUGAUCACUGUGGACUUUGGUUGCCAUAUAACAUAUUCCAGCACUUGUUCCAAAAUAACACGGCGUACCAUGACAUCCACCAUCAGCUCCAGGGCACAAAGUACAACUACUCUCAGCCGUUCUUCUCAAUAUGGGACAGAAUGCUAGGAACCCACAUGGCCUACGACCUAGUGAGCCGAAAGGAAGGGGGAUUCGAAGCGAGGCCAUUGCGAGACUAGCAUGGAACUCAUUGAAGUGUAUAGAACUCCAGCUACUCAGUGGGAUAUACGAUGCUCUUCUAGUCCCCUUCUCAUGAUUGGCAGCUUACAGGAGCCAUCUAACUUCUUGUAAGAUGAUGAAGGUAUUCCAGUACUCCCGGUUCCUCUUUUUUUGUUCUCAUGCCUUGGUGGAUGCCAUUGUCUACUGGAGAAGACACUGAAGCUGUUGUGUUGCUUGUUCUUUUUUCCCUGCAGUUAUCUAGUUAGACCCGUUCACCUUGAAUGUGCGUGUUUUGUACGGGUAGUCGGUUACUCGUGAGUUUUUUAUGGUUCUUUCUUGUGCAAAGCUGCCAUUUACAUUACUGUGCAGAUAGUGUAUUCGCAAUCAGUCACGCUUCUGUAUGUAUCCAAUUAUUUAUGUAACCGAAUCUUUGGGCAUAAUUAUGACCUUCAAACACACAUUUUUUUUAGAUCAUCAGGGGAGUUUGGCGCCCCCCCGGUUCCAUUCGUUAUAAAAUAAAUGAAACCACAUCAGUCCAAACACCCAAGCAUGCCUCAAACGCAUGUUCUGAAAGAUCAAAAAUCUAAAACAGUACAGGGUAAAAAAGGCCUGCAGCCUAAUACAGGAUCAGGGAUCCAACGUUCUUGACUCUGAAUUAAAACCGAUGAGAACACUACAGCAAAGUGAUCCGCAUUCCUCCUGCAUCAGCUAGAAUCCUCAUGUCUUCUGCAGCGAGCAUCUUGCGUACCUCCUUGAUAUGCUCCACGAGCCCCCCUUUCAUCUUCUUGAGGGGUUGAGUUGGUGUGCCAGGCCAGUCGAGAGGCGAUGCAGGGCUCGAAAUCGCCUGAACCGUCUUUUUUGAUGGUGGAUCACUCGGCCUUGAAGAUCCUGGACUC